CCAUGCAUCAAUUCGUUGCCGACGUAAUGCGGCACAUGCGCCCGCAGGCAGAUGUUCCGUCAACAACAUCCGUGUGCUCCGUCAUCUCGUACGAAUCUUUGACCAAACAAUCGCUCGACCGGUCAGAAAAGUUUUGCUUUCCUCACGCUGUUCCUCGCCAAAUUCGACCAAUUCGGGAUUCUUUAUCAAUCCUUACACAGAGCGACCUAGGCCUGGAGCCAAAUUCCAUCGUACCGUCCUUUAAUCCGCAUCCCGUCAAUCAAAAUGUCAAACCAAAACGCCCUUUUUCUCCUUGCCGACCAUAUCAAGCUGUCCCUUCUGGAGAGGAAACGGGCACAGAGUCUCAACGUAGACGCCGGCAGCCAGGAUGGUCACAUAUCACGGUCGCUAGACCAAUUCCGGGAAGGGUUGGAGGCGCUUGAAAAGGAACAGAAGAGGUCAGAGGAGGCAGGAGACGAAGACAAGGCCCUCGAUAUAUCAGACUCCCUGCCCAGCCUCCAAAAGCAGCUCGACGACCUCACAUCCCAGUUCCAUGGCUUCUCGUCCGUGGCCCCCAGCACACCUAACGACCCAUCCCUUGCUUCCGAUUUUGCAGCCGCCGAAUCCGUACCGGCGGCCGGCUCCAGGGCGAAACAGGUCCGGUUCUCGGACAGUCCGAUGGCGGCAGGCAGUCGCAGGGGAAACGAUGACGAGGACCUCGAGGCGCAGCGCUCCGGCUUGCUGGGCCAGCCGUACCGCGACGACCCGGAUUCGGGCCCGACAUUCCGUGACCAGAUCGAGGAGCAGGGGCUCGACAACGUCCAGGUGCACGCGUACCACCAGCGGGUGAUGGAGGAGCAGGAUGCCCAGCUCGAUGCCCUCGGAGCCAGCAUCUCAAGGCAGCGCGAGCUCAGCAUGCAGAUCGGCGACGAGCUCGACAGCCAGGUCGCCAUGCUAGACGAGAGCGAGCGGGUCGUGGACCGCCACCAGAGCAGCUUGGACCGCGCCAGGAGGCAGGUCGGCAGGAUCAGCAGAAGUGCCGGGGAGACCAAGCAGUUUGGAGUCAUCAUUGCUUUGAUCGUCAUACUUGUGCUUUUGAUCGCCAUCUUCAAGUGAAGUCUGGGCUUGUGAGGUCAUUUGACUGCUGCCUCCGGCGUUUGAGCAUUUAACUUUUUUCAUCUUUCAAGAAACGAUAAAGUCUUUUGUUUCCUUCACUAAAUCUGGGGUUUUUUUUUUACAAUUGCCCAAUGUGAUUACCUCUAUUAUUGCAUGUACUUGGCGUUGGGCGAGGUUUUCUCUUCUUUUUUUUUUCUCCUUUUCUUUUCUCUAAUAUGUGUAUGUAAGAUAUCUAUGAUCUUUGUCAUCUUGUUGAGGUAUUUAUUUGUACAUACACCGUUCAAGGGUGUAUAUAACGAUGGCCUUCUGAAGAGAGUUCGUCUCACAUUAAGUUUUCAUAAUAUUUAUGUUGAAAAAGCGUUCGUUUACUAGACACUUAUACCCGGGGAAUGGUGCGACUCUCAGCCUUGUGGAUAUCUAAAGCAUUUUCGACGCAGGCACAACAUUUGUGUGAGCCAGCCCAACGCACCCACGAAUAUCAGUCUUUUACUAGGUUUCACCCGAUGCUUCAAAACCCGUUUCCAUCCGAGAUUUAUCUGUACUAUUCAUUCAACAUAUUGUCUAACCCUGUACUUCGUCAAAGAAUUCACUGGAUUGAUUCCCACUCUUUUUACCACAUAUAUUAGCAGCAAUUACUUGUUCAAGAUUGAUUGGUCCCGCCCUACAUUUUUUAUAUAUAGCGAGCUAGCCCACUUAUAGAUUCC